AUGCGCGUCAACGACGCCAUCUCCACGUCGUCCAACUCGUCGACAGUCAUGGAGACCAACCCCGCAAACACAUUAUCUCCAGAAAAGACGGAGCGCUCACCCUACGAGACCUCCACCCGCCAGUCAAUGGAGCGAAUCCCAUCACAGCAGCGCGAGACGGAAGCAAACAUCUACCCGGAACCAGCAAACGUCGCCGAGGCCGACAUCGAAAAGGGCGGCUUGGCGUCCGAGAAGCCACAAUCCGAUGCCAAGGACCGCGAUGCAGCCGCUCCCGCCGGCCCACCGGGCAUGAACCCCGCCGACUUCCCGGACGGCGGCACGCAGGCCUGGCUGGUCGUGUUCGGCGGGUGGUGCGCGCUGUUCUGCACUUUCGGACUCAUCAAUUGCGUUGGGCUGUUCAACGCGUAUUAUCUCGAUGGUCCAUUGAGGGAGUAUCCGUCCUCGACCGUGUCGUGGAUCACCAGUUUGCAGGUGUGGACCAUGACUUUCAUGGGUGCUCUGUUCGGUCGCUUGUACGACUCAUACGGCCCGCGGUACCUCCUCUACGGCGGCACCAUCGUGUACGUCUUCGGCCUGAUGAUGACCUCCCUGUCGACGGAGUACUACCAGUUCAUCCUGGCGCAAAGCAUAGUCUCCUCGAUCGGAUCCAGCGCCGCCUUCAACGCCUGCAUGGCCUCCGUCGUGUCCUGGUUCUUCCGCCGCAGGGGUGCCGCGCUCGGCAUCAUGGUCUCUGGAUCGUCCGUCGGUGGUGUGGUCCUGCCCAUCAUGAUGUCCAAGAUGAUUGAACAGGUCGGAUUCCCCUGGGCCAUCCGCACCGUCGCCUUCCUCUUCCUCUUCCUACUGGGCAUCGCGUGCUUGACGGUCAAGUCCCGUCUGCCCCCGCAACCGAGGCCGUUCGUCUUAAAAGAGUAUAUCGACGGCCUGCGCCAACCAUCCUUCGCCGUCACUAUCAUCGCCCUGUUCCUCUUCUUCUGGGGCAUGUUCCUCCCCUUCAACUUCGUCAUCCUGCAGGCGAGAGCGCAGGGCAUGGACGAGAACCUGGUGAUCUACCUCCUCCCCAUCAUGAACGCCGUCAGCAUCCUCGGCCGCAUCGUGCCCGGCAUCGUCGCCGACAAAUGGGGUCGCUACAACGUCAUGAUCCUCAUCACCUUCAUCAGCGCCCUCUUCUGCCUCGCGCUCUGGAUCCCGGGCAAGAGCAACGCCUCCAUCAUCGUCUUCCUGGUCAUCUUCGGCUUCUCGUCGGGAGGCUUCAUCUCGCUCGCUCCCGCGCUCAUCGCGCAGAUUUCGGACAUCAGACAGAUCGGCAUCCGCACCGGGACGGCCUUCGCCGUCCAGUCUUUCGGCGCGUUGACUGGAAGCCCCAUCGCGGGCGCUAUCGUGUCGGCCCAGGGCGGGAGUUACCUUGGUCUGCAGCUGUUCUGUGGCUUUACCAUGCUUGCGGCGGUGGGUGUGUUCAUCGCGGCGCGGACCAUCCAGGUUGGCUUCAAGCUCAAGGUUGUGUGA